AUGCGAGAUAGUCUGGUGGCCCUGUUCGAAUACCAGAGACGCCUAGAGGAAGACUACCAGUCGAAGGUUGAGAUACCGGGGACUAUGCGCGACGUGGCGUACACGGAUGAGAUGAACGCCGUGUUGGGGAUGACUACACGCUGGGUGGCAGAAGCAAUUAAGUCCCAGUUCGACGUAGCAAUGGAUAGCAAAAUUGCUGACUCGUACGCCUUCCGGGAUAACGGAGCACAUGUGACUGUCUCUCGAAAUGGACGAGAGUAUCUUCUGGAUAAGGAAAGCUGGAAGUGUGAUUGCGAAUUCUCCCAGACAAUGCAGCGCCCUUGUCGUCAUGCGUGGUGUACAGAAAGACGUGUGGAAACCCGUUUGGCAUCCCUUACGGAGCAAUUGCGACCAGAUUCAGCUCAACUAGACCCUGUAAUUCCAUACUCUCUGUCGAGCCCCUCUUUGAAAAUACGCAACUCGGUACAGCAGCUAGGAAGAGAAACUUGGGAGGCGAUUCCAUAG